AUGCCAACAGGAAUGGACCAUCCCAACCUGACGACACGUGCUUGUGCUUUCGUUGUGACCCUAUCGCACGUCGUCGAGUCGACCUUCGCAAAAGUCUGCAAGCAGCGCAUCAGCUUUACCGCUAGCUGCCUUGCUGUGCUCGACCGUGGUGGUGAUUGCAACUUGUCGAACGAAAACAAAGCCGCGCUUAAGGUAGAUGAUUUGCUUAAAUUCAUUCGCGACCGCGCCGAUAUGUUAGAAACCUUAUUGGUUACGCACAGCCGGUCUAACACUAAUAGCACUUAUCCGCAGCAUGAUGCUAAAAAAUCAUACACUCAUAACGCGCAGACGGCUCCAAAGGACGAGAAGGAAGGUGCCAGUGACAAGCGCUCCGUAGCAUUGCUGGCAACAGACAACGCAUCAAGGUCGCCCUCCUCCUCCUCCUCGAUCACUGAUAAUAAUAUUGCACACGCACAACACGUAUUGCAGGUAUCGAACGCACACAUAGACGAAGACGUAUACGCGCGAUUGUCUUCGAGGCGACCUGUAAUAGUCGUUUACGACGCUAGCGCCCCCACGACCAGUGGCAAGUCGCUGAACGACAUACAACGCGUAGGUGCACCUAUUCAAGGCGAUUUGAUUGCCAUAUUGCUGAGAUUCCGCGAAAAUAGGUUUGUUGCAUGCGCCGACAUAGAAAAACAUUAUAGACAAGUUUUAAUUGACGAAUCUCAACGCGACUUACAACUUAUUUUAUGGCGCGAUAAUCCAUGCGACAACCUUGACAUAUAUCAGCUGAGUACCGUUACAUACGGCACGGCGGCCGCUGCCUUCCUCAGUUGCAGGUGUCUCAAACAGUUGGCGCUAGAAUGUAAUGACCCCGAAGUAGCUAGAACGAUUAGAGACGAUUUGAUCUCUGGAUCGUCUACAAUUCCCGAAUUGCUACGAAUUUGUGACGAAACCGCGAAAGUUUUAAGUUCUGGUUGCUUUCCAUUACGAAAAUGGGUUUUUAACUUCGAUUGUACCGAUCAACGUUAUAAUGAUGAUACAUCAAAGGAAUUAUCAUUAGGCGAACACGCGCAUAGUAAGACUUUAGGUCUCGGUUGGUACAACAAAAGUGAUGAAUUGUUCUAUCAUACGCGACACGAGUCAAAUCCUAAACCUGUCACAAAACGCAUAAUAUUAUCCACGGCAUCACAGGUUUUUGAUCCGCUCGGAUUAUUAAGUCCGAUGAUAAUUAUUGCUAAAUGUUUAUUACAACGGUUGUUUUUAUUAAAGGUGGAUUGGGACGCAGCGGUUCCCGAUGACGUCACGCAAGCCUGGCACCGCUUUGUAAACAAUCUAGCUAUUUUACCUAGCAUUCGCAUACCACGCCAUGUUAUGUGCAAUGACCAUAUAUGUAUAGAAUUGCAUAUAUUUUCAGACGCAAGCCAAUUAGCUUAUGGCACUUGCGCCUAUGUACGAACGAUUGAUGAUAAAUCAGCUGUUACCGUCCGGUUGCUAUGCUCAAAAAGUAAAGUGGCCCCAAUUUCGCCUCCGUUGAGUACGCCUCGAUUGGAAAUGUCCGCGUGUUUAUUGGGCGCUAAAUUAUAUAAUAAAAUAAAAGAAUCGUUCCGCGCAAAAUUCAACCGAGUAAUAUUUUAUACCGAUUCAACAAUUGCUUUAAGUUGGCUCCGAAUGCAGCCUAAUUUACUAAAACCUUUCGUUCAAAAUAGGGUUGCAGAAAUCCACGAAAUAACGAAAGAACAUUCGUGGCAUCACGUUAGCGGCAAGUGCAACCCGGCCGAUUUGGUUUCUAGGGGAGUACAGUUGGACGCACUUCGCACCUCCAGUCUCUGGUGGACCGGUCCCGACUUCCUUCAUGACAUUAAUUAUAAUGCUCAGAGUGUCGAUCCGUCAUUGUUGCUAGACGAGUCCCAGAUACCCGAACGUAAAACUAAUCCUAUGACUAGUCUGGUAUGCAACGACAAUAACAAUAAUAACCUAUUUACAUUCGACAGGUUUUCUCAGUUCAACCGUAUGCAACGCGCGGCCGCAUAUGUGCUUCGCUUCAUUCAUAACGCGCGCAAUAAAGAUGCACGUCGAACCGGUGCGCUCACUGUAGAUGGACUGAGGGAAUCUGAAAUAUUACUCUCCCACUUAUCGCAAUUGGAGUCAUUAUCGGAUGUUCACAAUGACCGCAGCAUAUAUUGUUCUCGCUUCGCGAGGCCUGGUGGCCUGUAA